GGUCGCUAUUAUCACACUCUCUCUCCUCUUUCCCUCGCUUACUAGAAUUACUUCUCUCUCUCUCUCUCUCUCUCUCUCACUUCCCUUCUCUCUCUGCUUUUUCCCUCUUUUUCUCUUACUCUCUCUGCUUCUUCCUGUGGGACAAACCCUAAUAAUUUGCAUCGAAGUCUCUCCACUUUCCCGCUCAAUCAUCUGAUUUUUCCCUCUCUCGCAAUGCAUGAUCUUCGAUUUUUUAGCAGUGUUGAGAGCUGAAAUUCGAGGAAUUUUUUAUUUCCUCCUUGUGUCUAAAUCGGGAAAGGAAAAAGAAAGAUUCGAGAAGAAGAAGAAGAAUGCUGGAAACUGUAGAUAGCUCCGGAAUCGUCAAUGGAGGAUUCCCGCAGAUUCAGAGCUUUUGCGGCGAGAGCAGUAGCGAAGAGGAGUUAUCGGUUUUGCCACGUCAUACCAAAGUGGUCGUCACCGGAAACAACCGUACGAAAUCGGUGCUCGUUGGUCUUCAAGGUGUUGUCAAAAAAGCUGUCGGCCUCGGUGGUUGGCAUUGGCUGGUUUUAACAAAUGGAAUAGAAGUAAAGUUGCAGAGGAAUGCGCUUAGUGUCAUUGAAGCUCCUACUGGAAACGAAGAAGACGAUGAUCUCGAUUUCGAAAACACGCAGAGGAAUGGCUCCGAUAUGACAUCUGAGGACACACUGAAGCCUCACAAGUCGAAGCAAAGAGGGCAGAGAUCAUCGCGGUCAUCUCACAAGACGAUGAGCAGGUCUCUAUCAUCUGAUUCACAGUCCAAAAGCUCUGGUUUUACUCCCCCUGAUAACAUGAAGGUUGAUCUUAGCAAACUGGAAAUGCCUGCUUUACUGAAAUAUUGGCGUCAUUUUAACCUCGUGGAUGCAAUUCCAAAUCCAUCAAAGGAGCAACUAAUUGACAUUGUUCAGAGACACUUUAUGUCUCAGCAAAUGGAUGAGCUUCAAGUUAUUGUGGGGUUUGUGCAAGCUGCAAAGAGAAUGAAGAAGGCAUGCAAGUUGCAAUCAAAAGAAGCCAGAAACACUGAUCUUAACUGCAUCAGCUAAAAAAAGAGAAGCCCUGACUUGUAACAGAUCCUGUAAGUACGGUGUGCCAGACUUGCUUAACCAUUUGUGUGGCUUGCUGCUAGUUUUAGUUCUUUCUCGAGAUGUUUGGCUAAAGAGUAGAUGUUGUUUCUUCUCGCUUCUCUUGUUUAGCCAUGUAAUUACCCUCAUCAAGAAACCAUAAUGACCCUCUGGAACCAAGAAACAUGUUGACUCUCUAAUGCUCCCAAAUUGAAACUUUCUGUUCUGAUCCUAUCAUGGGAUAUAUUGGUAUGUGAGAAUGUAAAUACGCGUUGAUAUUUGACUUUUCUCGCU